UCUGCGGAUAGAUACGCCCGGAUGGAAAGAGGAAGCUGGGAGCAGGUUGGAGCUUCAGCAGCAGCAUUAGCAGCAGUAGGAGAACGUGGAGGGCUGUUUUCAACUUGGUGCCUAUGAUUCUCCCUUUGUGAGGGGUGUGAGCCUUUCGCUGCUUUUGUGCGCCUCUCUGGGACACAUGGCCUUGAACAGGAGGAGAGAAGUGUUCCAGAAGAAAGUCCUGGAAAAAGUCUUUCCUGCUCCUGUACUUCCCGAUGUCGUUUCUUCAAGCGUAGAGAGCACUGCUCUUCUGAAGGGUGCACUUGCAACUCAGGAAGACCCAAAAAAGGAGACAGCUUUGGAAAAAGAUUCUAGGGUGCAAGAAAAGACAAAUGUGAUUCUACCUUCAAGAAAAAUAUACACUGUGACUCUGCCUCCUGACGAUUAUGUACCAGUUGCUGUUAAUGAAAACAGUAAAGGAUCCUCUGAAAGUGAUGCUGAAGACAGUAGUAAUGGUGCUCCAGAGGAGAAUGACAAAAAGCAACUUCCCAGAAAGCGGCGGAAGAAAAAACGGAAGAACGUUUUUCAAAUGCCUGCUGUUGGACAUGGAAGUCCAGCAAAAUGUGGAGAGCUUGAACACCUGAUUGGAGAUAACUUGCAGCUGCAAUCCAGGGAGGGUCCAAACUUGACUCUAAACCAAAAGAGGAAAAUGAAAAAGAAACGGCGAAAAGAAAAAAUGAGAGCAGCUGGCUUGCUCAGAAAACCAGUUGCUACUGAUUUCACAUAUAUGCCUGAAGAAAAGAGAGAAAGAGAGUUUGAAGUUGCAGAUAAAGCAGAUAACAUUCUGGAUUUUUUGCAAAGCACACAGGAAAUCUAUUUUUCUGACAAGCUAUCAAAAUGUGCAGAGUCAGCUGAGAGCUCCGGAAGCGUCCAUGGGGUUUUAAAGAGCCUUGAAUCUGGCACGCUGUCAUCAUCGGAUAUCACACGUCUACGUCAAAUUAAAUCAUUUGUUCUCCUGCAGAAUGUGGAGGAACUAAAUAUUGCCCUGAAAGACCUCAGCACUCAUUCAGAAAUGCCUCACGAUCAAGUCAUGGCAGUCUCUUCUUUGUUUCGCUACUGGAUUACAGAUAUCCUUUCUGGAAAGAAGGACAGGAAAUGAGCCGAAUGAGAAUCUCCAUCAGUACAGAGGUUGUUGUUUUUUUUAUGUGUCUGGCUGAAUCUGCAAGGGCCAUUUUGGUGCACCCAGAGAUCUCAGACAAAUGGCCUCAGUGAAGUCCAUCCCACUCUGGUUUUCUUCCAAGAGAUUUGGAGUGGCCACAUUACAAGCCAGCAAGUUCCAGCAUUGAUUUAAGAUGUUGGCUACAACAUGGAUCGCAAGAGCUGUGACUUGAACUAGAGAAGUCUGAUGUUCUUUUUUUUCCGCUUAAUUCACUUUGAACAAAGCUCAGAAACUCUUUUGAUUGAUCGCUCCACGGACAAGCUGAGAAACUUCGUAGGCCAACUUACAGGCAGCAGAGAGGAACACACUGUCUGGUGUGCAAAGACAGGAAAACUUGAGAAGAUUGGCCUUCCCUAUCAUAUCUCUGUUGCUGUUUUUUAAAUACUUACUGUAGGAGCAGAAUAAAAGGUGGAUCUUUUUUCCUGUA